UAUUGGCUGAAGGCAAUACUGGUUUCUUUAGUGUAGAGAAUGUCGGCAAACGUGACCUCGACGAUGAAUGCAACACAGACAUCGAACUGCUCAAAUCCAGUUACUGAGGCAAAAGGAAUCGGAUUCACCUUUGCUUACAGCUUCAUUUUGAUUGUCUCUCUGAUUGGAAAUGGUUUCAUCGGAUUGAUUGUUUUCAAGUCAAAAACUAUGAGAAGGCCCAUUAACUUCUUAAUCGUAAACAUGGCCAUGUCUGAUUUGAUGUUUCCUGUUUUUGUCUUCUCCCGGAUCAUAACACAGAUACAAACCAACUCCUGGAUUAUCAGUGGUUCCCCUGGCCAGGUGUUGUGUAAGCUGAUAUCUUUUCUCUCGGAAGUCUCUGUUGCCGUGUCUAUUCAGAGUCUGGUUCUGAUAGCAGUGGAUCGAUUUGUUGCUGUGGUGUAUCCCCUCCGUUCUCCAGUCGUCGGUUCAAAGCGGUGUCCUUUCUUCAUCCUGGCUACCUGGAUCUUGGCCAUGGCCAUUAAGUUCCCAUAUCUCAUCGCCUUUGAACUUGUCGAGUAUCCUUCAGCAAGGAUAGAAUGUGAGCCUCACUGGGAAAAAGUCUUCGGACAUACUUCCAACUUCACAGACUACGUCCUGGCAAAUAUAAUAACACUUUAUUAUAUGCCUUUGGUUUUGAUUGCCGUUCUUUACAUUAUUAUCGUUUUCAAGCUAAAGUUACAAGUCGUCCGGGGAUCCGCACAAUCGGUUACCGCUGAACAACAGCGUUUCAAGAUAGAGCGAAAUGUGUUAAAGAUGUCCACUUCUAUCGUGCUCAUGUUUGCGAUCUGCCAACUUCCCGCGACAAUCUACUAUCUUUUGUAUUUCUUCUCAAGAGAUUUAACCGUGCGACAUUCCUGUGGCUUUGCACAUUUUCAUUCCAUAUUGUCUCUAAAGCUGUAA